UGGUGAAGUGUUCUCUUGCAUGAUAAAUAUUUUCCUUUUGGCAAAAUCGAACAAACCAUAUUAAAAAAAUUCUUGGUUUCCUUUUCUCUCUAGUUUUUGUGGUGAUGGAGGACGGAUUCGUAGGGCUGAGACACAUAUUGACGAUCGUGUUCCUCUCUGGCUUCGCCGGACUUAUGGUAGCACCUGUGAUUACUGACGUCACUGUCGCCGCCGUUUGCUCCGGACCAGACGACUCAUGUUCUCUCGCCGUCUACCUCACCGGUUUCCAACAAGUGGCAAUAGGGUUGGGGACAAUGGUGAUGAUGCCAGUAAUUGGUAAUCUAUCAGACAGAUAUGGAAUUAAAGCAAUUCUCACUCUUCCAAUGUGUCUCUCCAUUCUUCCUCCUGUAAUUUUAGGGUACAGAAGGGAUACAAAUUUUUUCUACCUGUAUUAUAUAAUCAAGAUUCUGACCGCCUUGGUAUGCGAAGGCGCCGUUGACUGCCUCGCUUUUGCUUAUGUGGCAGAAAAUAUUCACGACAGAACAAGAAUAUCAGCUUUUAGUAUUUUAGGUGGUACCAAAACAAUUUCUGCACUUUGUGGAACUUUAGUUGCCCGUUUUCUACCCAUAGCUUUGAUUUUUCAGGUUUCUGCUAUAUCAUUUCUCGUUGGUCUGGUGUACAUGAGAGUUUUCUUGAAGGAGAGGCUUAACAAUGAUGAUGAUGGUGAGGAUCAUCAUCAUCAAGACGAUCAUAAUAGUAAUGAUAUCACAAUGUUAGCAGAGCCGAUUUUGAACGACACAACCAUUAAAAGGGUCGUCUUUAUCAAGAAGCAAUCUUCAUUGAAAGAUAUGAUAAGCUUGAUGAAGACUAGUACCAUAUUCGUUCAAGUAUUGGUUGUUACAUUCUUCAGCAGUUUCUCAGAUAGUGGAAUGCAAUCUGCUUUCUUGUAUUUUCUAAAAGCACGGUUUGGAUUUGACAAGAACCAGUUUGCUGAUCUCAUGAUGUUGAUUACUAUCGUUGGGUCAAUCACUCAACUGUUUAUACUGCCAAGAUUUGCUUCUGUUAUUGGAGAACGCAAGCUUUUAUCAACUGGGCUGUUAAUGGAAGUCAUAAACAUGGCCAUUGUAAGCAUUUCUUGGGCACCAUGGGUUCCUUAUCUCAUCACCACUGUGUUUAUACCUGGAGCAAUAAUUGUGACGCCAUCAGCUUGUGGUAUUGCCUCAAGACAAGUCGGACCCGGUGAACAGGGGAAAGUACAAGGAUGCAUUUCUGGAGUUAAGUCCUUUGGCAAAGUCGUGGCACCUUUUGUAUUCAGUCCAUUGACAGCAUUGUUUCUCUCCAAAGACGCACCUUUCUACUUCCCAGGAUUCAGCCUUCUCUGCAUCGCCUUGUCCUCGAUGAUUGGUUUCUUGCAGAGUCUAAUGAUAAAAGAUGUUCCUGAUCCACCAUUGAACAAAGAAAUCAACAACAUCUUGAGUGAAGAAGUGUGAUACAGGAACUCAUCAAAGCAUAUAAAGAGAAGAGUGUUACUGUAGCUUGUGAUAACUCAUCAAGUAUAUAAAGAGAAGCUUGAAAAUAUAUAUAGCAAGUGAUAAAGAUAUAAUCAGAGGAAUGGUGAAUAACUUUAUGUUAUCAUCGUAG